AUGAGUAGAGCUUACUUCCGAGGCAGCGACAUUCCUGAUAAUUCUGUUAAUGUUAUAAAACCACAGCUUACAUUAAGCGCCGGUGAUGAAACUCAAGAAGUUGAUCUUCCUAAGUGCUAUUGUCAAAACUUGUCUGAAAGAUAUGCUCCUACCAGUGAGUUAGACAGCGCUGAGAACUUAUACAGGAAAGUAAAAUAUAGCCACUAUUUAAAGACAACAGAGCGAUUUUCCUCAGUUGCCAAUAUUGGUAAUCAGUUAAAUCAAUUAUUUAACUCAAACAUUGGUCUCUUCAACAGUCCCAUAAGAUAUCCUACCAAUGCUGCCAACGAAUUACCUUCAAAUUACAGCUCUUUCCCCGACAUCGCCUCUAUUUUGAAUACAAAAGAAGUAGAAUCGCUUGACGUAUUCUUAAGUUUCUACAAUUUGCCAAUGGUCGAAAGUAUUAGAAACAAAAAGCUAUCUAUUCUCACUUUUUCGGGUCUCGACCAACAAACCAUUAUUGAUGUAAAUGCGUUCUACGGGAUGCCUAUAGAUAAUCCACCAGCCGACAUUCUUAAUUUCAUUGGAAUAAAAUUCAAAAAUAUUAUCCAGUCUCAUCUACAGGAAACUCGUUUCAAAAAUUCUUUUGCUUCCAAGUUAACGGAACAAAUUAAUUACCCAAGAAAUGACCAAGGUUUAGUAUUACCAAAUAACCAGAGGUUUAUUACGUUAGAGAAUUUCAUUAAUACAGAAAACAAUGAUUAG